AUGGCCGACCUUAACCCCACGGCACCAUCUCAACCGACCACCGACGCAGCUUACAAGUCGGCGGACAAUCCAGCCACAUCCACGCCCUCGGAGCAGCGUGCUUCGCGCCAAAAGUCAGACGCACCUACAGUUGAAGAGCGAAAGCCGACAAGCGCGGCUUCGGCAGGGCAGGAUGCUACCGCCUCGAGCUUGGGCCGAGGGGUGCAUGGUGGCGGGCCAGGGGAGGAGACACAAGGGCGAACGCAGGGCCAGCUUGAUCGGCGUGAGCUCGAGGGCGAGCAGGUCCGGCCGCCGGGCGAGGGCGACGUUGCCGGCGCAGUGGAGCGGAAGUCCGGCGCUGGUGGAGCUCAGCCGGAUUUUGCAGGCGAUCUUGACCGGUAA